AUGCUGCAUUUAAACAGCUCAUGUAUAUUGGAUUUUGAAAAUAUAAAGGAUUUGCUAAAAAAUAAAGAUUAUCAUGGGAUAAAGGAAAAUAGAGAUAUAAAGAAGUUUUUUGAAGAUAUAAGUUUAGCAUUUAAGGAUUUUGGAAAUUCGUUAAAAAAAAUACAUAACGAUGGAAAUACAAUAAUAUCAAAUAUCCAUAAAAACAAUAAUGAUGAUGAUGAUAAAUUUGAAAACUUAUAUUUUUCAAAAUGUUUUCUUAAUGUAAUAUCUCUUAUAAAAAUUUAUUCGGAAGAAAAUUUAACCUUAAGUGAUCAAAUCCAAAAAAAGAUUGUUCAUAAAUUAGAAGAAGAAGAAAAUGAAAGAAUUGAAUGUAUUAAUUAUAUAUAUAAAGAAAACGAGAAAAAAAAAGCCGUUGAAAAAUGUACUGACAUUAUUUCGAUAAAUAAUGAUGAUGAUAAUGUUGAAAACAAAAAAGAUCAACCAAAGAAUGCUGAUAAUAAAAUCGAAAGUGUCAAUAACUAUUCUGAGAAUAUUACCAAAUCUCCUAAUUUAAGUCAAGAUCAAACCAAUGAAAUAUUUAUUGAUAACAUACCUUUAAAUAAUUUUGAAAUCGAAUUAAAAAAGUGUUUAGAAAAUGAGGAAUUUUCAAAUCAAUAUUUAAAUCAUAUAAAAUAUAAAAGACACUUUUUAGAAAUUAACAAAUUAAAUAUUAAUUUGGAUAAAGAAAUUCUAGCUUUUAAAGAGUUAACACAAAAAUUUGGGAAAAAUGUCAAUAAACUUCUUUUGGCCAAAUCAAAAGAACGAAUAUUAGCUAUUCAAAAUAAAAAAAAAUCACUUUUUGAAUUCUUAUAUGAUGAUAUUGAAGAAUUAAAGGAACACAAAUUGUGUUUAAAAGGAAUAGAAAAAGAUACGUAUCAAUAUGGUGAUAAAGAAGAAAAACAAAAUCAAGAAUUAACUGGAGAGGAUGGUCAUGGCAUUUCAAAUGAAAAUACCCUUGAAAAAUCGAAUAAUGAAAAAAAAGAAAAUGAAAAUUCUAACAAAAAAAAAAAUCUUUACUUGGAAAAGUUUGAAAUAAGAGAAAAAUAUAGAAUUGAAAUUUUAUAUUCAAGUAUUAGAACAUUUAUAAAACUUCUUUCUCUUAAACAUAUUGAUAUUAAUAUUCUAUUGCUCGAGAAAUCGGAUGAUAUUAGUUCAUAUGAUUCAUUUGUAGAUUAUCAAAAUUGGCUAAGUUGCAUUUUAAAUAAAGGUAUAGAUGUAGAUAAUUUACAAAAAAAAAUUAAAAAAUAUGAUAUAUUAACUAAAGAAGAACAAUAUAUGUUAUAUCCAUACAAGAAAUUAUCCUCAAGUAAUAGUUCUAAAAAUGGAAAAAAAAAUAGCCAAACAGAAAAAAAAAAAUCUAUAGCUAGUUCAAAUUUUCGGAAAGGGGAGUUGAUUGAUAGUGAGAAUAUUUCAUUAAAUAAACAAAAGGAAAUUUUAGAUGAAAAAGAGAAAAUCGAACAAAAAAAGGUACAAAAAGAUCAACAAAAUUAUAAACAAAACAAAGACAAAACAAAUAGAGCUAACUCACGAAGGGAUUGUCAAUUCCCCGAUAAAUUUUAUAUCCCUAUAAUCAUUAAAAAAAAUUAUAUGAAUGAACAUGAUCAUAUAAAAAGUACCAAAAACCUGCACAAGCAAGGUGAAAAUGAAAAAAAAAAAAAUGCACACAUGGAUGUUCAUAUUAAAACAUACUUAAAUGACAAUAAAAUAGAUAGUGAACAAAAUAUAAUAACAUUUUUUAAAAAUAGACAAAAAAAUUAUGAGAAAUAUUUACUUCAGUUUAGUAAUAUUGGUGAAGGAUACUUUACUCGUAAGUGGCAUUGGGGAAUAAAUAACCAAAUUAAUAGCGAAAGUGACAGUGAAAAUGAAAAUGAUGAUUUUAUUAAUACAAGCGAAAAUACCCUCGAAGAUAUAACACAUUUUCGAGGAUAUUUUCACGAAGAAGCUCAUUAUAUGUAUCCUUUCAAAUUUCCAAAAGGUAUAAAAAGCAUAUCAUAUUUUAAUAAUAUUAUAAAUGACUUAUACACAAAUUCGUUGGAUUUUGGAGAAGAUGAUAUAAAUGAAAAUGAUUACAAACUAUUGGCAUAUGAAUCGAUACUUCUUGUAUAUUAUUCUUUAUGUUCUCAAUUAAAUAUGUAUUUAUUUUUUGAUGAUAAACAGAAAAGUAAUGUUACUAAUCGAUUAUAUAAAAGGUUUCACAAAAAAUGUUUACAUUUAUUACCAACAUUAGAAUGGAAAGAAAAGAAAAAUAUUAUGAACAAACCCUCCAAAAAUAUGAAUAAAACAAAUACUUCAAAAUAUUAUACAAAAAUGGGAAAAAUAGACAAUAAUAAUAACGCUCCCCCAAAAUUCAAUGAUAAUAAAAAUACUUCAUCAGAUUUUUCGUCUUUUUACAAAAAUGGAAAGAAAAGUGAUGAUUUUUUUCAAUAUAUGAAUUAUAUAGAAAAUGUAAAAAUGGAAAAUAUAUUAUUAAUAAAAAGAAUAUUAAGUAUUUUUAGAAUAAAAUUAAAUUUAGAUUCAAGAACAAAUAAUUUAAUUACCUUAUUUACUCUCCCUAAUUAUUAUCUAAAUAAUGGAAAUGCCUAUUCUUUUCAUAUUCUAGAUAUAAGAUUUAGAAUUGUUCGAAUUAUGGACACUCUUGAUUUGAAAUAUACAUCAUAUAUAAACAUUAAGGAAAUACGAGCAUGUAACUUUCGGCGCAUUAAUAAUGAUUGUUCGAAUAUUAAUACUGAUUAUACAAUUUAUGGAGAAUGGAUAAAAAGACAAUUGCAUAUAUUUUACAUUUCUUUAUAUUUAAAAUUUAAUCGAUUUAUUAAGUUUAUUCCGUAUUUUAAUUUUUCAUAUUAUCCUUACAAUGUUAAUAAUAUUUUUAAUGAGUUUAAACAAAAUGAAGAAUAUUUCAGUUAUUUAAACAAAAGUACUGAAAAUAAUAAUUUUGUAAAAUAUAUUAAACAUGUUCAAAAAAAAAUACAAAAAAUUCAUAAUUAUAUUCUUUCAAAAAAGAGAAAACAUACAAAGGAAUAUUACUUAAUGAAAAAUACUUCUGAACAAAUGAACAAAAAUAAAAAAGAAUAUUUUCAAACCAAUUUUAUCGAUUUUAAAAGUUUGGAAAAAGAUGAAAAAAUUAUAUUUAUAUCCAAUUUAUUAUUAAAAAAUUUUAUAAAAUCUUUUCGUAUUGUUUUUGAAUUAAAAUGCAUAUUAAAACAAAAUGAAUGGAAUAUUGGAAAAUAUGAUGAAAAAAAUAAAUUAUCAAAUAUGAUUAAAUAUUUUACUAAAAUUGAAUAUUACGAUUAUGAAAUUAGAAAUAUUUUUAGUCAAUGUAUUGAUAUUAAAAAGGACGAAGAAAUGAUAAGCAAAAUAAACUCAUCUAAGGAAAUAAAUGAAUUACACAUAAAUAAUAACAUUAAUAAUCAAAUCAAAAAAAAUAUUAGUUCCGUUUUUACUAAUUCAUCUGAUAAAAUGAAUAAAAAAAAUAAUAGUAAAAAUAGCAAUUUGUUUAACUAUGAUAAGUUAAUUAAAAAAAUUUUUGAAAAAGAGGUAAAAGAAAGCAAUCAAAUACAUAACUCUAAAUUUUUAACCAAUUCAAUUCAAAGUUUCAAUUCUAUUAUUAUCCCAAAGGAUUUAAAAAAUAAAUCAUUUAUUGUAGAAAAUGUUUGUCUCAAUAAGUCUAACAAUAUAUUAAAAAAUAGAUUUUCAAAACAAACAAAAAAUAAAAUAUUUUACAAAUUAAAUUUCGAAACAGUUUUACUUUCGAGUUGGUUUAUAGAUAGAGUUUUAUUACAUUUUUUUUUAUAUUUUUAUAUGUCUUGUGUAAUUGAUAAAAAUUCAGAAAUGAAUAUAUACUCAGAUACACCAUAUAUAAUACAAGGAAUUUUUUUUAUUAUAUAUUAUUUACAAACAGGAAAUGAUAUAACAUUAAAAUCUAAAAAUCAAAAAUAUGAAAAUGGUAACGAAUCAACAUUAAUUCCUAUGUCUACUUUUAUUUUAUAUUUUUUUAUUCAUUUAUUUUAUUCAUAUUUAGAUAAAAAUAUGUUAGUUAUAUUGCCCAAUAAAGAGUUAAAUGGAAAUAUAGAAUUAUUUUUGAACCCUCAAAAUAUACAUCAAAAAUAUGAACAAAUAAAUAAUAGUUCAAUUAUUAAUCCAAACAUUAGAGAUCAAAAAAAAAAAACACAAAAUAUUAUUACUUUGCAAAUUGCUACCAAAUUUUAUUAUAGUUUAAAAAAUUUUCAUAAAUUGUUAUUUUAUAGAACUAUUGAUGAUAAUAUAUUAGAAAAAUGUGAUGAAAUUGUCGAUUUAAAUAAUUUAGAAUCAUACAUUUCAAAUUAUGGAUAUGUUAAUACUAAAGAUAAAAUGAAAAAAAAUAUGAAUAGUAAGUUAUUUUCGGAAAAUGUCCCAAGGACAUCACAAUAUACUAAAAAAGGAAAUAUGCUAAGCUUAGAUAAUAUAUCCAAUGAAAUAUAUAAAAAUUAUUAUGUAAAAAAAAAAAAAAAAAAAUUUCGAAAAUAUGACUCAAAAGACAAUUUAGUUACUCAGGUUUUAAAUCUCAAUGAAAUUUGUGAAAAAUUAUUAAUUGAAAAUUAUGUAAAAAAACAAAAACAAAUUAAUGAUAUGAUAUAUUUAAAAAGAUACCAAAAUAUUUUAUUAUAUUAUAAUUAUUAUAAUUUUGAAAAUUGGGCUAGUCCUUAUAUUCCCAAUAUAUUAUCUUUUUAUAUGAACAAAAAGCUAUAUUCAUUUGAUGACUUUUUUUUAGAUUCAAUUUUAUUAAAUUAUGAAAAUAAUAAUGGAAAUAACGAAAAUGAUAAUAAUUAUUUAUUUGAUUAUAAUUCAUAUAAAAAAAAAGCUAAAAGAAAUUCUUUAAUUGGUAAUUAUAGCAGUUUAGAAAAUAUACAAUCAUAUAGAGACAGUGUAUAUGAUGAUAAUAAUAUGAACGUUCAUAAAAAAAAUCAAAAUUUGAAUCCAGAUUAUCUAAAUGACGAUUGUAAUUUCUCGUUAAUAAAUAUAACAAGAAUUGAAAAAAUAAUAUCAGAUGUUAUAAUUAUGAAAAUGAUAAGUUGUGAUUUUAGAAAUCAUUUAAUACUCAUUUUGUCUAAUUAUCGAAAAUUUAUUGAUAUGUAUUCCUUAUCAUAUGUUUUGGACAUGUUUUUAAUAAUACAGACAUAUUUUGGAAUAAAUAAAAGUGAGAUCAAUUUGGAUGAAAAAAAAAAAGGGAAUUUUUUUAAAGAAUCUCAAAAAUCUACAAUUAACAAAAAUUCUAAAGCAAUAGAAAAAUAUACAUCUAAUUUUUCCAAUCCUAACAAUAAUAUAAAAGGGGAAAAUAAUGAAUUUAACAAAACUAUGAAUCUAGAAUACGACCAAGUAAGCUCAGAAUCUUUAACUCAAUGUGAAAUAGAAAAUUAUUUUAAAUUCUUUAUUUAUAAUUCUGUUAAGAAUAUUUUUUAUAAUAUUUUUUCAACGACAAAAAAUGAAAUUGAAAUGAAGGAAUCAAAGAAAGUAGAAAACGAAAAUAAAAAAAAAUUACAAAUCGACAUUUUAAAUUCAAAUAACAAACAAAAUGAAAUAAACCCGUUUGAUAAUUGUAUUGAUAAUUCUACUAACAUGAAUAAAAGUAAUGAAAAAAAUGAAAAAAUGACUUUUAUUUAUGAACUCAUAUUUAAUCAGUUUGGAGAUAUGGUUAAUAAAUAUAUUAACGAAAUAGUUAUGGAAAUUUUAUUUUUUUCAAAAAUUUGGAAAGAAUAUUUAUUAUUAGAUGAACACCCUUUAAUUGUUUUAUAUGGAGCAAAUAAAACAUUAUAUCAUGAAAUUUUAAAAUUUUUAAAAUAUAAUAAAAAAAAUACAGAUUUUUUAUUUAAUCAAACUUUAUCAAUUAUUAUUUCUUUGUAUAAUUUUAAUUUGAUAAAUAAAGAAAUUAUUAUUCAAACAAAUUACUAUCAAAAAUACAGAGCCUUAAUUCGAAACAAUUAUCAGUAUGAUUCAAAUUUUAAACAAACAGAAAAAGAAAAUAGUAGAACCGAUACAAUAAAUAACAUAGUGCACCAAUUUGAUCAAAAUAAAAUUAACAAGCAAUUUAAAAAUUUAUACAAACAAAAUUCAAAGAUUGAAAACAAAAUAAUCCAUUACUAUGAAAAUAGAAGUUCACUAAUUAACAACUUACGAAUAGACAAAGAAAAUGGAAAAGAAAAUGGAAAAGAAAAUGGAAAAGAAAAUGGACAAGAAAAUGGGCAAGAAAAUGGAAAAGAAAAUGGACAAGAAAAUGGAAAAGAAAAUGGAAAAGAAAAUGGACAAGAAAAUGGACAAGAAAAUGGAAAAGAAAAUGGACAAGAAAAUGGAAAAGAAAAUGGACAAGAAAAUGGACAAGAAAAUGGAAAAGAAAAUGGAAAAGAAAAUGGAAAAGAAAAUGGACAAGAAAAUGGAAAAGAAAAUGGAAAAGAAAAUGGACAAGAUAUAUUUAUAAACUUAUCUUUAAUUAUCUCUAACUCAAAUAAUCCAUGUAUGGUAAAAUUGAUGUUUAAAUUAGAAAAGAUAUUUAUACAAAUUAUAGAUAAAAGAUUAAAACAUACAAAAAAAUUAUUAUAUGAAUGCUCAAAAAAUGAAAAGCUAGUUCCAUUAAAUAGCCCAGAUAUUAUAUAUAAUUCAACAUGUGUUGAUAUAUUUUCAAUUAUUUUAAAUAUUUUAGAAAUUCUUUUUCAAUAUAAGUGUCCAAUAGAAUGGAUUAUGAUACCCUUUUUGGAUUUUCUUAAUAAUUUUAUUAUUGAAUAUUGUGAAAAUUAUAAAAAACGUUAUUCCUCGUUUAUUAUAUCUCUGCUUAAUCAAUAUGCAGAUAACUAUUUUAAAAAUUUAUUAAAUAUUACAGAACGACAAAAAAUUAAAUGGGAUAAAUAUAUAAGUAUAGGGGGGAAAAAAAAAACCCAAAAAAAUAUGAACAGCAAUAAUAUUUCGAACACAAAUAGAGAAUUAAACAAAUUUCCUGACAUAUUUAAAAAAAAUGAUUUAGACAUUUUGAAUAAUAAAAAAGAGAGUGUAAUGUAUGAUGAAAAUCUUGAACAAGAGUUUAGUGAUAUUAAUGAAGUAACAAAAAGAAUUAAACAUAAAAAAAAAAAAAAAAAUAUUUUUUAUAACUUAUUUAAUUACGAAGCUUUAGAUGUAAAUAAAUUAAAACAUAAAGUGGGAGAAAUAUUAGAUGAUAUUAAUGAAUUUUCGAAUUUGUCAACAUUAUAUCAUGGCACUAAUACCAGUAAUAAAAAGCUAGAAAAUGAAGAAAAAUUGAAUGAAAAAAAUGAAGAUUCUGGGAAAAAAUGGAUAAGUCAAGAUUUAAUAAAUAUAAUUGAAGAAAUAAAUUAUUUUUUUAACGACUCUGAUAUGUCUGAAUCAUUAGUAUUGAUAUGGAAUAUAAGUUUUUUUAUGAAUCAAAUAACUGAGAUCCGAAAAAAAAUUGAGAGAUAUAUUUUAAAAUAUAUAUGUACACGUACAGAAAAUGUAGAAAAAAUAAGCAAUAUUUUUAACAAUUAUAUUAACUUUAAUAUAAAUAAAGAAACAUUACAAAAAAAUUAUUAUACUAAAACAUUACUUGGAGUUUUAGAUACAUCUAUUGAUAAUAUAAAAAACAAUUUAAAUAAUUUCUUAUAUCAUGUAUUUAAAGUUUUGUCAAUACGAAUCAUUUGUUAUGAAUUUCAACAAGAAUUAUUUUAUAAUUUAUAUAGACCUUUUCAUGUAAACAACCUCACAAAUAUCGUAUCUAUAUUUCCAGAUACUAUAGAAAAAUUUUUUACUCAGCUUCCAAACAAGUUUUUUAAAAAUAUAUUAACAAUUUUUAUAGAGCUACUUAUAAAAAUAUGGAUUCUUAUUAUAAUCGAAAAAGGUUUUUCAACAGCUUUUGAAUUUAAAGAUCGUCAUAUACAUAUAAUAAAAAAUGAUAAUAUGUUUUUAAAAAAGUAUAUUCAAAAUAAUAAAAUAGAGCUUACACAUAUCUUUUUAACUAAAAAAUAUGACAUAAACGAAUACAUAAACGCAUUCUUUGAUGCGCUAUAUGCAAAUAGGAAUAUGUUUUCUGACAUUUCUGCCGAGAAAAAAAAUAAAAAAUAA